AGGUGCGUCGAAGCGAGAGCGCGCCAUUCUCGCAUUCUAUAUUCUAUACCAUAAAAUGAAACCAUUCAGUUCAAUUCACUCGUUGUUGGUCGUCGCUUGCGCGCUCUGGCCUUUUCGUCUCGCUGCUAUUGCAGCGUUACCUUCAACAACUGUACAAUCUUAUCCAACAUCGCCAUUGGGUGAUAACAUAAUCGAGUACUAUGACGCGACGGUACAUUUUAAAGUUUUCAUAAGAUAAGAGACUGUGGUGAUUAAAUUUUUACAGUGAACGGGUGUAUAAUGUGCGCGCACUGACGUUCUCAAACGAAAAUCUUAAUACCGUUACAAAGUGUUCAUUGAAAUGUCGUUAUUUAAGAAAAAGACACCGAAGCAUCCGCCUUUGCCGGCGCCUACUGCACCAGUUGAAGAGCCACAGACUCAACCUAAUGGUGUGGAUAACAACAAUGGGUCACCGAAGUCUCAGCUUGUGUUUCACUGUCAGCAGGCGCACGGUAGUCCACUGGGUCUUAUUUCCGGAUUCUCAAAUAUAAAGGAGCUCUACCAGAAGAUAGCAGAAUGUUACGAUUUUCCACCCGAAGACAUACUAUUUUGUACCCUGAAUACUCACAAAGUUGAUAUGAAAAAGCUUCUUGGAGGACAAAUAGGAUUAGAAGAUUUUAUAUUUGCACAUAGAAAAGGAAGACCAAAAGAAAUAGAGAUUGUCAAAACAGAAGAUGCCCUUGGAUUAACUAUCACUGACAACGCUGCAGGAUAUGCAUUUAUUAAAAAAAUUAAAGAAGGUUCAAUAGCUGCUCAAAUAAGCCAUAUCGAGGUCGGCGAUCACAUAGAGAAGCUGAAUGGAGAGAACAUGGUUGGAAAGAGACAUUAUGAAGUUGCGAAAAUAUUAAAAGACAUUCCUAAAGGAACAACAUUUAUAAUUCGACUAGUAGCACCGCUUAAGAGUGGAUUUGCGUCCAUAGGUCCCCCGAACAGAGGUGGAGCUAAAUCUAGUAAAAAGCAAAACUAUGGAUCCGGGAAAGAAACUCUCAGGUUUAAGGCUAAUGGACCAGCUACCAUCGAAAAUGAGCACGAUGAAAGAUCGAAGGUCGGGAUUGAAAAAAUUAAUCAUCUAUUGGAGUCAUUCAUGGGAAUUAACGACUCCGAACUAGCAACACAAAUGUGGGAUCUCGCUGAAGGCAAGACUAAUUCUAUGCAACUAGCAGAAGCCAUCGACAAUAGUGAUCUUCAGGAAUUUGGAUUCACUGAUGAAUUUAUCAUCGAGCUGUGGGGCGUUAUCACUGACGCUAGAUCGGGGAGACUAAGAUAGAAUUUAUACUUCUAGUAAUUUAUUAUAUUUAACAAGGAAGCGGCCAUAUUGAUGUUGGAACUUUUAUACACAUGAAUAUGUUGUAAGCUCCACGUGAUUCGAUCUAAAAAUGAGACGCGACGUAUUAAUUAAUGUUUCAUAAAUAAUUCAAUGAGAUUAGGUAGAUAAUUUCGUAGAUAGUAUUAUUUAUUAUUCAAUAUUCAAUUUAAGUAGCAUUUAUUAGGAAAUUCUUUUCAAUUCAUUUUUGUAAUAUUGCGAAUUGAACUCCUUUAAGAUUCAUUAUAAAGAUAGUGGGUAUACAUUUGGCCGCAUCUAUUAAUAAUUUAAAUUGUUGCGUAUGGUUUUGAAACAUUUUUAUAAGUGUAAUGAGUGUAGUU